CCCAAAUUCAUUGAUGAGGUGGACGCUGAGGUGGAGCACAAUUAAGAAAUAAUUAAAGAUAACAUAAUAAUGGCUAUUAUUUUGACGUGUUACCACGUUUGACUAAUUCUUAGUAUUUCGAUAGAUCUAAUUAAUAAACAAAAUUCAAAAUUUUUUUACUAAUAAACAUUCAUUACUUUUUUUUUAAAAUUAAGUGAUGAAAGAAGUAAAAAUAUCCCUCCAACUCCAACCCACCGCCUUACCAUAGCUCAGCCCAGUCAGGGAGAAUUUUGUGCAAGUCCAACAGCAAAGUUGGGCCUGGGCCUGAAUUAAUGGUGACAAAAUAAAAACAUUCUACAUUCCCUUCUGCUCACGAGUCACGACUCACGAGCUGCUGGCCGGGGAUGACUAGAAACUAGAAAGUAGAAACUAAAAAAGUGUUUCGAAUUUGGGAGGGAACGAGGACGGGCGAAGUGACUCGCCGGCGAGUGAGUGAAUCAUUCCACACUGACACUAUAGCAGAGCUAUGGCGACGAGACUCUCGAGCUUGGUUCACGAACUGCGUGAACGAAUAGCAACUUCGUCGUCGACGCCGCCUACUAACGGAGACGAUGGCGCUUUAGAGACCAGAUUUCGCGCCGUCCUCCCUAACCUCCUCGACUACGUCGUUCCUUCUUCCUCCGCGAGCGAGCGAGAGGUGAUUGCCGUCUUGAAGUUGAUUACUCAUGUCGCGAGGAACUUCCCAGGAGUGUUUUACCAAGGGAAGGCCACUGCUGUACUUCCUGUGAUCGGCAGGAUAUUGCCCUUCUUCGCCGAACCUGCUUUCUGCUCACGGCAUGGAGUCAUUUUCGACACUAUUGGAUCUUUAUUAUCCAUGCUCCGCAGUGGUGAAAGAGAUGCAUACUGCCAGUUUUUCUUGGAUACUGUUUCAGCGAUUGAAGAUCUUACCUAUGUGGCAAGCAUUGCUACCGAAAAGCCAGGCAUUUCGAAUGAUGCCCGUGUAAACAUGAAGUGUUUUUCCCAGUCCUUUAGUAGGAUAUCCACUCGAUCUGAUUAUCUGAGUGACCUCCCACCAACGAUUAAACCAAUUGAUGGUCCUGGGAUAUUGAUCAAUAUAAUGGGGAAAACCAGGUGGCAGCCCUUUGCAGCUUGGAUGAUUAGGCUUCUAAGUAAAUGCCUAACAGAAGGAACUCUGUACGUGGAGGGUCUCAUCAGCCUGUCAGAUGUCUCGGCUGCCUGUUCACUGUUGUGUUAUGGCAGUGCUGACUUGCAUAUGGCAUGUUUCGACUUUGCUGGCAUAGUGUCAUCAGUGAUAGAUUGUGAGAUUGUUCCUUUUGAAAACCUGAUUAUGUCAAUAACAGCAAUUCUGAGCGAGGACACAGCUUUACUUCCUUUAUUCAGAAAUAAAUCUUAUGACUCAUCCAUUGGAGGUUGUUUGAGCAUCUUGCAUGGUAGCUGCCCCGAAUAUGUCAUAAAGUCCACAGCUGCAGAUGUAAUUAGUGUUUUCCAGAGGGCAAUGUGGAGAACGAAAAGCCAGGAAUUGAAGGUGGCUUUAUGCAGUGCGUACCAGAGGAUUGUCAGAACUUGUCCACCUUACAUUUGGAAGCCUGAAUCUCUGCUAGAUAUGCUUUUCAUUCCAGAACCGUGUCGUGCCUUGAUUGAUUGCAUUCAGGUAGCACUUACUAUACUUGGUUCAGAUCGAGUUGGAGGGAGCUUAGAAAACAAUUGCAGUGUAAGUUUGAGUAGUGGUGGUGAUAAAUCAGUUGAGAAUCCAAGAGUUGGAGAAAAAAGACAAAGCCAGGACAUUGACAUUCUCCUCAGCAAAAGGCGAAAGGUAGAUGAAGAUACCGUGACUCCUGAUGCUAGUCAACUGGCAAAGUGCAAGUGGAGUCAUAUAGUUGGUUUUGAGACAGAAGAUGAGUAUGCUGGUUCGAUGCAUACCUCACUCGUUUCAUUUAUUGAACAACUGAAAUGCUCUUCUACUCUGACGGAUUCUGUUAGACCAGAAAUGGCAUUAACAGCUCUUAGCAUGCUUUGCAUUGCUUGCUCUAUAGAACCAGUUACUAACCUGUCGGUAUGCAUCUUUGAGGUGAUGCAUUCAUGGCUUCCGUGGAUCUGCAAGCAGGUGGAGCAAGCAAAUCCAGUCAGCCUCGAUAUUCUCAUUUACCUUGAAGGAAUACACGGCAUACUACUUAUCCAGAGAGCCUUUUCUGAAUCAGGGGACAGGCUUCCCAAGUUUAGGAAUGAAUAUGCAGAUCUUAUGUUGAAAGUGUUAAAGCUUCCCUGGACACACGCCCACAUGGUUAGUGGGCCACACCCUCAAUGGAAAACAAAACAAAUCUCUAUUCAAGUUGCAUCGAAACUUGGACCUAGUUUAAGAAGUGAAGGUUGUUUGGAAGUCUUGGAUCUGGGCCUUCAAGAUGAAGCUGCUGAGGUUAGGAGUGAAGCUACCAUUGGAUUUGUGGUAAUUGUGUUGUUAUGUGGUCUUGAUGUACUGCCAGAAAUCUUCGAAAGGCUUGAGUUCUUUGGAAGAGAAGAACAUGAUUCUGUUAAGAGAGUCAUUCCCUUUUGUCUUGGGUAUUUGUCAUGCUUAUAUGGCUGUGGCAGCGGAAGUUGUGAUGAUCAGGGAAGAGACAGUUGUAAGUAUUAUUUAGAUACCUACGACGACAAGAAGAAUCAAACACUAGAUUGUCUGCUGCAAGGAUUCUGGUGUCCUAAGUGUGACUGUAGUAUUCUACCCAAGUACAGGUCAUUCUUGAUGGGAUCACAUCGACUAGAUCUACUAAACUAUGCGGCCUUAAAUUGUGAUUUCAAAGUUCUCACAUCAGUGUUCUUUAAGCUUCUUUAUGACGGAUCUUCAGUGGAGAUCCAAGUUGCAUGUGUGAAAAAUAUUAGACGAAUACUUGUGCAUUUGAAGGAAGAUGAUCUAGAAAAAACAAGUUUUGAUUGGAUCAAAUGCUUGGAAUUCUGUCUGAAUAGCAAAAUUAGAGCAGUGAGGGAAGCAUUCUGCUGUCAGAUUAGUGUUUUCCGUUUCUUAUUUGUUCGGGAGAGUUCAUUGAACAAUAGUAGAGAGGGACAUUUCAUGGAUGUUAUGAAGGGUUCAUUGGCAGCUGCUGAAGAUCCUGAAGCAUUAGAGACUCUUUUGGAAUCAGUAAUGCACAUCAUGGUCUCUGUUGAUAUUGAUAGCCAAAUAUUUUUGUUUUCUCUUAUGCUGUUGGUUGAUCAGCUUGAUAAUUCACACAUGAUUGUCAGAAUGACUGCAUCAAGGUUGAUACAUAAAUCUUGCUUUUCCCAUCUUAAAGCUGGGCCUGAACAACUCUUAUUAAAAUUUGUUCACACCCGUAAUCAGCUGUUUGAGUAUCUAAGUACGAACCUUGUGAGUCGUCCAAAGAUGGUUAGAGAGUUUGCUGAAAUCGUGCUUGGUGUUGAAAUGAAAGAGCUAAUUGAGAAAAUGAUUCCCAUAGUGCUACCAAAGCUUGUGGUGUCUUGGCAGGAAAAUGAACAAGCAGUUGAUACUCUAUUCGAGUUAGCCAAGUGGCUGAACACCGAGAUGGUUCCUCUCAUAGUUAAUUGGCUGCCAAAAGUUCUUGCGUCUGCUCUUCAUCAAACAGAUGGGCAAGAGUUACGGUCUACCUUGCAGUUUUAUCAUAACCAAACUGGUUCUGACAGCCAAGAAAUAUUUGCAGCUGCAUUGCCUGCCCUUCUUGAUGAACUUGUAUGCUUUCUAGAUGGUUCUGAUCCACUUGAUAUUCAGAGAAGGUUGUCAAGGGUACCUGAGAUGAUAAAAGAAAUCGCCAAAGUUCUGACAGGUUCCGAGGAUCUUUCUUGCUUUCUGAGGAAUCAUUUUGUUGGCCUCCUUAACAGCAUUGAUAGGAAAAUGCUUCAUGCAAAGGACGUUUCACUGCAGAUACAGGCGCUGCAGCGCAUUAAAAUGUUGAUUGAAAUGAUGGGGUCUCAUCUUAGUACUUAUGUUCCAAAACUGAUGGUUCUUCUCAUGCAUGCUAUUGACAAAGAAUCACUGCAAAGUGAAGGUCUCUCUGUACUGCAUUAUUUUAUUGAGCAGCUGGCUAGCAAAUCACCAUCCAGCAUCAAGCAUGUCAUAUCUCAAGUAUUUGCUGCUCUUAUUCCCUUUGUGGAGAGGUACAAAGAAAGCUCUUCUAUGCAGUUGAAUACGGUAGUAAAUAUCUUGGAAGAACUUGUACUGAAAAACAGAAUCGUUUUGAAGCAUCAUCUUCGCGAAUUCCCUUUAUUACCCAGCAUUCCUUUGCUAAAGGACGUGAACACAGCUAUCCAAGAGGCACGCGGUUCGUUGACUUUGAAGGAUCAAUUACGAAUUGUUUCUGAAGGUUUGGAUCAUGAGAACUUGAAUGUGAGGUACAUGGCGGUGUGUGAAUUGAGCAAGUUUCUUAAUAUAAGAAGGGAAGAUAUUACAGCUUUGAUCACUGGUGAGGUUACCGCUGACAUGGAUGUUUUAAGCUCUUUGAUUACCUCCCUGUUAAGAGGAUGUGCUGAAGAGUCGAGGACUGUUGUGGGGCAACGAUUGAAAUUGGUCUGUGCUGAUUGUCUCGGAGCACUUGGCGCAGUCGACCCUGCUAAAGUGAAAAGUUCUCCAAGCAUACGUUUUACAAUUGAAUGUUCAGAUGAUGACCUUAUUUUUGAGUUGAUCCACAAGCAUUUAGCAAGAGCUUUUAGAGCUGCACCUGAUACAGUUGUUCAGGAUUCAGCUGCAUUAGCAAUACAAGAGCUGCUCAAGAUUGCUGGUUGUGAGGCAUCAUUAGAUGAAAAUGUUGGUGCUUCUCAUCGCACACCAAUUGUUAGGUCUGCUGAUGGUAGCAGUAUCAUGAAUAGUAGGGGUCAGAUAUUGUGGGACAGGUUCUCUAAUUAUGUUAAAGAGAUAAUAGCCCCUUGUCUGACCUCUAGGUUUCAGCUUCCUAAUGUUGCAGAUUCAUCUUCAGCUGGCCCAAUUUACCGGCCAUCAAUGUCAUUUAGAAGAUGGAUAUUCUUUUGGAUAAAGAAGCUGACUGCACAUGCAAAUGGUUCACGUGCAAGUAUAUUUAAUGCAUGCCGAGGCAUAGUUCGGCAUGAUAUGCAAAUAGCCAGCUACCUGCUACCAUACCUUGUCCUUAAUGCUGUUUGUCAUGGUACUGCAGAAGCCCGCCAUAGCAUUACUGAAGAGGUGCUAUCCGUUCUUAGUGCUGCCUUAUCAGAAAAUAGUGGGGCUGCUAUUCAUGUUGGUGGUGGACAAACCGAAGUUUGUAUUCAAGCUGUUUUCACUCUCCUUGAUAACCUUGGCCAAUGGGUGGAUGAUGUUGAGCAAGAAAUAGCAUUGUCCCAGUCUACCCAGUCAACAACUUCUAGAAAGCAAGGUUCCAAGUCAAAAGACCAUAAUACCUCUUUGCCUGAUCAGGAUCAACUCCUUGUCCAAUGUAAACAUGUCUCCGAGCUACUCGAUGCUGUUCCCAAGGUUACCCUUGCAAGGGCAUCCUUCAGGUGUCAAGCAUAUGCUAGAUCUUUGAUGUACUUUGAGUCUCAUGUGCGUGAAAAAUCAGGUGCAUUUAACCCUGCUGCUGAGACAAGUGGCACUUUUGAGGAUGAAGAUAUUUCAUACCUGAUGGAAAUAUAUAGCUGUCUUGAUGAACCUGAUGGUUUAUCAGGCUUGGCCUCUUUGCGGAAAUCUAUGAGCUUGCAGGACCAACUUUUACUAAACAAGAAGGCAGGAAACUGGGCUGAGGUCUUGACUUCUUGUGAGCAAGCUUUACAGAUGGAGGCCCUCUCGAUUCAGAGGCAUUCAGAUGUUCUAAACUGUUUGCUGAACAUGUGCCACCUACAGGCAAUGGUGACUCAUGUUGACGGUUUGAUUUCUAGGUUCCCUCAAUAUAAGAAAACGUGGUGCAUGCAAGGGGUGCAAGCAGCAUGGAGACUAGGCAGGUGGGACUUGAUGGAUGAAUACCUCAAUGGUGCUGCUGAAGAAGGCUUGCUUUGUAGUGGCGCCGAGAGUAAUGCUUCAUUUGACAUUGAUGUUGCUAAAAUUCUGCAGGCUAUGAUGAAGAAGAAUAGAUUGGCAGUUGCUGAGAGGAUUGGAAUGUCGAAACAGGCUCUGAUUGCUCCUCUUGCUGCUGCAGGCAUGGAUUCCUACAUGAGGGCUUACCCCUUAAUUGUGAAACUUCACUUUCUGCAGGAACUAGAGAACUUCCAUUCUCUUCUUAUCAAUGACUCUUUCUUGGAGAAAAGGUUCCAUCUAAGUGAUAUGGAAUUCACAAAAUUAGUGGAGAACUUGGAAAAUAGGCUUAGCAUAACACAAUCAUCACUAUGGACAAGAGAGCCGCUCCUGGCUUUCCGAAGACUUGUAUUCACAUCCAGUGGCCUUGGUGCACAAGUCGGGAACUGCUGGCUCCAAUAUGCAAAGCUCUGUCGUUCCUCGGGUCAUUAUGAAACAGCUAACAGAUCAAUUCUUGAAGCUCAAUCUUCAGGAGCACUUAAUGCUCACAUGGAAAAGGCAAAGCUUUUGUGGAGUACUAGGCGAUCAGAUGGCGCCAUUGCGGAGUUGCAGCAAUCUCUUCUUCACAUGCCAGUGAAGAUUGUAGGCACUGCUGCUAGGUCAUCUAUUACCAACCUCUCAUUGGUACCUCUAAACCCUCUACCUUCGGACUGUGACAAUCAAGCUUCGAAUGAUAAUAAUCAGGAUGUCGCAAAGACUCUCCUCUUGUAUACCCGAUGGAUACAUAAUACUGGCCAGAAGCAGAAAGAAGACGUCAUAGCUCUUUACUCCAGAGUCAGGGAAUUGCAACCUUUGUGGGAAAAAGGGUUCUUCUAUUUAGCAAAAUACUUAGACGAGCUGCUUGUUGAUGCGAGGAAAAGACAGGAAGACAAUUCAGACAUAGGUUCCAGGGCUUCUGUUUCAAAUAAUGAGAAGCGCUGGUGGUUUUACUUGUCUGAUGUAUUACUGUAUUAUGCUAAGGGUUUGCAUAAGGGCCACAGGAAUCUCUUUCAAGCACUACCGAGAUUGCUCACCUUGUGGUUUGAAUUUGGAAGCAUUUAUCAAAGAUCGCGUCCUUCUAAUGGGGAAUUGGCCAAGGUUCAUACCAGGGUGUUGUCAAUUAUCAGAGGUUGUUUAAAUGAUUUGCCCACAUAUCAAUGGUUGACUGUACUGCCUCAAUUGGUUUCAAGGAUCUGCCACCAAAAUGAAGAUGUUGUUCAACUAGUCAAAAAGAUUAUCACUUCUGUUCUCAGGGAAUAUCCCCAACAGGCAUUAUGGAUCACAGCAGCUGUUUCAAAGUCUAAAGUCUCUUCAAGGAGGGAAGCAGCUGCAGCAAUCAUACAAGAGGCUAAAAAAGGGUUCGGUCAAGGGAACUCCGGGAGUAAUUUGUUUGCCCAGUUUGCUGGCUUGAUUGAUCACCUGAUCAAACUGUGCUUCCACCCAGGCCAGCAAAAAUCAAAGACGAUUAACAUUGCAACUGAAUUCAGUUCUUUGAAAAGAAUGAUGCCACUGGAAAUCAUCAUGCCAAUGCAGCAGUCUCUUUCUUUCACCUUGCCAACCUGUAACAUGAAUGAGUCACUUAAAUCUGAUAUAUUUGCAACUUCAGAAUUUCCAAUGAUUUCUGGAAUUGCUGAUGAGGCCGAGAUCCUUUCAUCUCUUCAGAAACCAAAGAAAAUUGUUUUUCUGGGUAGUGAUGGCAUUGAACGCCCAUUCCUGUGCAAACCGAAGGACGACCUUAGGAAAGAUGCUCGUAUGAUGGAGUUCACUGCAAUGAUUAAACGCCUGUUGUCCAAAUAUCCUGAAAGCCGGAGAAGGAAACUCUACAUCCGUACCUUUGCAGUAAUUCCUCUAACUGAAGACUGUGGUAUGGUGGAAUGGGUGCCUCAUACCCGUGGACUCCGGCAUAUUCUUCAAGACAUAUACUCCACAUGUGGGAAAUUUGAUCGACAGAAGACAAAUCCUAUAAUUAAACGCAUUUAUGAUCAAUGCCAAGGUAAAAUGUCAGAGGAUGAGAUGCUGAAGAACAAACUCCUUCCACUAUUCCCCCCAGUUUUCCAUAGGUGGUUCCUGACUACUUUCUCUGAGCCGGCUGCUUGGUUUAGAGCUCGUGUUGCUUAUGCUCACACCACUGCUGUGUGGUCAAUGGUUGGGCAUAUUGUGGGUCUAGGGGACCGACAUGGUGAAAACAUUCUAUUUGACUCAACGACAGGUGAUUGCGUUCAUGUCGAUUUCAGUUGCCUAUUUGAUAAAGGCUUGCAGUUGGAAAAGCCAGAGCUAGUUCCUUUCAGACUAACCCAGAACAUGAUUGAUGGACUGGGAAUUACUGGAUACGAGGGCAUCUUUUUGAAAGUCUGUGAAAUCACGCUUUCGGUGCUGAGAACACACAGGGAGACUCUGAUGAGUGUUCUAGAAACUUUCAUUCACGACCCCCUUGUUGAGUGGACAAAAUCUCACAAAUCCAGUGGCACAGAGGUUCAAAAUCCUCAUGCGCAGAGAGCAAUCAGUAACAUUGAAGCAAGGUUACAAGGAGUAGUAGUUGGUGUUGGAGCAGCACCCUCUUUGCCUCUAGCUGUUGAAGGUCAGGCUAGGCGCUUAAUUGCUGAAGCUGUUUCACACAAGAAUCUUGGCAAAAUGUACAUUUGGUGGAUGCCAUGGUUUUGAAAAGAAGAAUUGUAGAGAACGCUUUCAUCAGGUUAGUCUUAGAACCCUGUAUUUCUAUAUAAUCUAUAAAGUGGUUAUCAGGAGAUCUAGGGAAGGGAAUCACAGUCAAUAGGCUGAGUCAAUCACUCACCACGCAGAGACCAAAUUCUGGAUGCUCGAGAGACUACAUGUAUGCAUAUAUGCUGUCUGUGCCUUCAACAUAAAAGAAGCAACAAAUUCUUUGCAUUGGCCAUUUUGUGUAGGUCCGUUAGUGUGAUCAUGGCAAAGCAAGCUACCUUUUGGCUAUUCUGCAUCUUUAGCUUUCUAGGGGAACUGAAUGGUUUAAACAUGAGGCCUUCCAAUGGAUUUGCUAUUGAAUCCCUCCAGAAGGCUCCAACUAAACAGGUGGUUAUUCCGGAACAUCCUUCGGAGUAAGGAUUUUGCUAAUCACUGUAUGUAGCAGAGCAGUAUUAACCUCUUGCAUGUGAAAUAGAAAGAUGAACGAAUG